UUAACCAGGUUUACCACUCAGUGGACAAGCUGAUGUGUUGGGCUUUGCACGUCUGUCAGAAGCUGCUGCUCUCUCUGGGAUUUUGUAACUUCAGCAGGAAGUGAUGGCGAGAUGAAGCAUUAAAUCUUUCCAGAAAAUUGGUUCGAAAAAAGGGUUAAUUUCUCGAGGCUUCAUGUGGACACAAAACCAGCUGUUGGUGAAACAGGCAGAUAUCAUCUCUACCAUGUGAUCUUCACUGUAUUCUGCAAUGGGAAAUAAAUAUCUCCAUGUAUUUAUAUCACUAUAAUAUCUAUUUUCCAGUAAAUAUAUUAGGAUCGGAUAACAACUGGACAGUGGUUUUACUGAUCUGAUCCAGUCACGUGGUAUUGUCAAGGUUUCGGAUGACAUCAAUGACGUCAUUGAUUUAAAACGAUACGAGCCUCAAUAAGUGCUUCAGAAAGCUGCACGCGCAGAAGCCUCGGCACAGCACUGUCAGCAGGAGGAGAGCGGUAGAAGAUGUCGGAGACCCAGGUGACGAUAGAGGAUGGGCUGAAUGGAGGCUUAAAACGCCAGUCUGCAGGUUUGGGCCAACCGCUGCACGGCGCCACCGUCAGCUUUCACAACAUUGGCUACAAGGUGAAGGUGGGGGGAAGCUGCCUGUGUCCCAAGAAGAUUGUGACCAAAGACAUCCUCAUCGACCUCAAUGGGAUCAUGAAGCCUGGUCUGAACGCCAUCAUGGGAGCGACAGGAAGCGGCAAGUCAUCGUUUCUGGAUGUUCUGGCAGCCAGGAAGGAUCCUGCUGGUCUGUCUGGAGAAGUUUUGAUCGACGGAGCUAAUCAGCCUCCAAACUUCAAGUGUCUGUCUGGAUACGUGGUGCAGGACGACGUGGUGAUGGGAACUCUGACGGUCAGAGAGAACCUCAGCUUCUCUGCGGCGCUGCGACUCCCAGCGAGCGUCUCUCAGAAGGAGAAGAAAGAUAAAAUCAACAAACUGAUCGAGGAGCUGGGGCUGGGCUGGGUGGCCGACUCCAAGGUGGGCACUCAGCUGAUCCGCGGGAUCUCCGGCGGCGAGAGGAAGAGGACCAACAUCGGCAUGGAGCUGAUCAUCGACCCGCCCGUCCUCUUCCUGGACGAACCCACCACCGGCCUCGACGCCAGCACCGCCAACUCUGUCCUGCUGCUGCUCAAGAGGAUGGCCUCCAACGGUCGCACCAUCAUCCUCUCCAUCCACCAGCCUCGUUACUCCAUCUACCGCCUGUUCGACAGCCUCACGCUGCUCGUCCACGGCCAGCAGGUGUAUCACGGCCCGGCUCAGACCGCGCUGGACUAUUUCUCCGACAUCGGAUACACCUGUGAGCCCCACAACAACCCCGCUGACUUCUUCCUGGACAUCAUUAACGGAGACUCGACCGCCGUCUCCUUCGACGGUAUUAAGCAAGACGAUCCCGACGCGGUGACGAUGUCCAGACGAAGCAUCGAGGGUAAACUCGUGCAGGAAUACAGAAGCUGCCUCAACUUCAAGCAGACCGAAGCAGAGCUGGAGAAGAUCAUUCGGGGCAGGCAGCUGACCUCGCCCUCGCCCUCCAGAACCAUCACCUACCACACCGGCUUCUUCACGCAGUUCAGAUGGGUGCUCAAGAGAACUUUCCGCAACCUCAUGCUCAACCCGCAGACCUCCGUCGCUCAGAUAGGCGUGACCGUGUUCCUCGCUGUGAUCGUAGGACUCAUCUUCUUCGACGUGACGAAUGAUCAAAGUGGAAUACAGAACAGGUUCGGCGCGCUCUUCUUCAUCACCGUGAAUCAGUGUUUCAGCUCGCUGUCGGCCGCCGAGCUCUUCAUCUCUGAGAGGAAACUCUUCAUUCACGAGUACAUCAGCGGUUACUACCGGCUGUCGGUUUACUUCCUGACCAAGAUCCUGUCUGACAUCAUCACGCUGAGGACCAUCCCCGCCAUCGUGUUCAGCUGCGUGUCGUACUUCAUGAUCGGUCUGAAGCCGACGGUCGAAGCGUUCUUCAUCUUCAUGUUCAGCGUGACUCUGGUCUCCUACACGGCCACCGCCAUGGCCCUCGCCAUCUCCGCCGACCAGACGGUGGUGGCCAUCGCCAACAUCUUCAUGACCAUCGCCUUCGUCUUCAUGAUGAUCUUUGCAGGUUUACUCGUCAAUCUUCCCAGCAUCGCCAGCUGGCUCGCCUGGCUGAAGUACUUAAGUAUACCACGAUACGGCCUCGCUGCUCUGCAGGUUAAUGAGUUUCGGGGGUUGGCGCUCUGCAGCGGGAACAGCACCAUCAAUCCACCCGGAGUCGUGUGCACCGGGGAGGAGUUCCUGCAGCAGCAGGGUGUGGACUCCUCGUCCUGGGGUCUCUGGCAGAACCACGUGGCUCUGAGCGUCAUGACGCUGUGCUUCCUCACCAUCACGUAUCUCAAGCUGCACUUCAUCAAGAAGUUCACGUAGACCUUCAUCACUUUUAUAAUCCAGAGCUUCUUCUUACUCGUGUGAUUCAAGAAGUUCAAUAUUUGUUAACUCUUCACUAAUAAUGAAAUGUGAUUCAGGAUGUUUGCACUUUAAAGUUCAGAGCUCUUCCACACGAUGAUGCAACAAGUGUGUCAACAAUUAAACACUGAAUCUGAA